AUGACGGACGUUAUAACCGAAAGUUGGUUGUAUUACGUGUUAGUGGUCCUGAUGCUGAUACCGGUCUAUAUGUUGUUUACUCUCUUGAAGUUUUUCGGUUGGAAAUUGUUUGUUAACAAUUAAUCCCUAUCACAGGCAACGGCUCACACACUCCGACACACACAUACAACCAGGGCCAGACCUAUCAAUUACCCACCAACGACCCAGAUUCGCCAGUGUAUUGUGUGCGUGUGAAUGUUUAUGUGUGUGUAUUGGUUUCUGGCUGGUUAUGUGCCAUUGGAAAAAGGACAUUAAUCCGCAUACAAAAUUCCCUGAAAUAAAUUGGAAAUUAACUCAACAAAAACUAUUCGAAAUCCCGACCGCAUCAAGACACCACAGGACCUGUAAGGAACUCUGUUUCACCACUUCCAUUAACAAUUUUACGCCAUAAUCAUUCCCUAAAUCCCCCAAGAAGAUAUCGAAAACAUUUUCAUCGAAUUUGUAAGAAGCUAGUAAAGCGUUGUGAAUCUCCGUUCUGCAAACGACUUCAGGGAAUUUGUAAAUGAUAUAUGGCAUGUUGUGGCUUGUCCUUGAAGAACGUAUUCUAUUGACAUUACAACAUUAGUGUUGCGAACAUUAAAUCGAUGCCGAAAAAAGGGCAUCACCAUCAACCAUCCAUCCGCAGCAUCUGAAAUUGAAUUAAAGCAUUGAAAAUUAUUGCAUUAUCAACAUUGUGACGACCUAGCCGCUUUCAUAUAAUCCAUGUUGUUGCCAUCGCCGCUGAUGCUGUUGCUACCAUUUCAAGCGAUAUCGUUAUUGUUGUUGUUGCUAUCAUAGCUAAAUGUACAAAGCCUAGUUAUAGUUGUAGUUCGUAGUGUUAACGCCGGCCGGCCACCUUAACCAGAGUGUAGUUUUGAUUUGUGGCUUGCGGAAAAGUAAACGCCAACCACGCGCCAACAACAUACACCGACCCAAGACACACACACCCACA